AUGGUUUUCAUUCCUGUUGAGGAAAUCUUUAGAAUGUUUCCAAAAUUUUCUAAAGAUAGAGUAACUUUUUUAAGGCGUUAUAGCUUUUUUAGCUUAUUUUUAGGCAUAGCUGCUGUAUGCAAGGCACACACACCAGAUUUUAAUCAAAUUCAGUUUGAGCCGUCUUUUUUUUACAAAAAUCAUUUGAAUAAACUAAAAAAAAAUGGAAUAAUUGACGAAGAAAAGUACAAUAAAUGCUUGAAUAUUCAAUAA